GGCCGGGGGUAGGGAGACGUGUACGAGCGCCAGCGGCCCGGCCUCGCCCGUCUGGCCUGGCCCGCCCCGCCCCGGGCUGGGAGGUGAUGUCGUUAUGCGGAGGCUCCGGCCACUCCGCCGCCCCUCGGCCCCGGCCCCGGCCCCGGUCCCGUGCUGCCCAGAUGUCCCGGAGACCCGAGCUGGUGUGUGGAGCUGCCAUCGUGCUGGGCUGCGCCCUCCUGGUCACCCUCAAAGUCACCUCCAGUCGAGCAAAAGAUGUAACAAUGGCAGCGAAAGUUCCAGUUAAUUUCUUCUCCUCAAAAUCUCAAGUCCUUGAUCUUUUUCGGGGGCAACUGGACUAUGCAGAUUACAUUCGCCAAGAUUCUGAAGUUGUACUGUAUUUUUUCUAUGCCCCAUGGUGUGGACAGUCCAUUGCAGCAAGGAAAGAAAUUGAACAAGUGGCAAGCAGAUUGGCAGACCAGGUGCUGUUUGUGGCAGUUAACUGUUGGUGGAACCAGGGGAAAUGCAGGAAACAGAAACAUUUCUUUUAUUUUCCUGUGAUAUAUUUGUACCAUCGGAGUUUUGGACCAAUUGAAUACAAAGGCCCUAUGAGUGCUGUUUAUAUUGAAAAGUUUGUUCGCCGGGUGAUGACACCACUACUCUACAUCUCGUCUCGAUCAAAAUUACUAGAUUUCCUCUCAAAUUAUGAGCCUGGAGUUCUAGGAUAUUUUGAGUUCAAUGCUUCACCUCAGCCUCCUGGUUAUUUGAUAUUCUUCACAUCAGCAUUACAUUCAUUAAAGAAAGAUUAUCUUGGAACAAUACACUUUGGAGUGAUCACGGAUAGACAAAUUGCAAAGGAGAUCUCGUUGACGCGCUCGGGGAGUGUGUACCUUCAUAGACGUGUCAACACUUCACUUAUCUAUCCAAAUGAAGUCAUGAACUACACAGCUGAGAAUAUUUGCAAGUGGGCUCUAGAAAACCGAGAGACAUUUAUACAUUGGUUGAGACCACAUGGAGGAAAAAGUCUUCUACUAAACAAUGAACUGAAGAAGGGACCAGCACUUUUCUUCUUUAUACCCUUCAAUCCCUUAGCAGAAAGUCAUCCUCUUUUAGAUGAAAUUACCAAAGUGGCCUUGGAAUACAACAACUGUAAUAAAAGCCAGGCAGCUGAACCUGUUCUUCAGCACUUGAGAGAUGCAAAUUCACCAGAUUUUGAGUCCAUUGUUCCACAUGCGCGAACACAAGUUGCAGACACAUACUCGAUAACAAAGUACCCAUGCUGCAACACGGUGGUGCUCCCUCAGUGGCACUUGAUCUCUAGGACUCACAAUGUCUGUGAGCUUUGUGUCAACCAGACAGUUGGGGUCAAACCAAGUAAAGUCAAUGUACCACAGUGUAACUUUUUAGAGAUAGAAGCAGCUUUGGACUCUUUCUACCUCAAGGAACAUACCUUUUUCCAAUUUGUAUCAAAUACCAUAGAAUGCAGCAAUUUCCUAAGUUUCUAUAGUCCUUUUAGCUACUACACUGCAUGUUGCAGGACAGUAAAUAGGGGUCUGAUAAAUUUAAUUAGUUCUGAAAAGACCAUAUUUCAGACCCCUAAAGUAACAUUUUCUUCCAAUGGGAAGAAAGGUAAGGAUGAUACCCAUCAUUCUAUUCCUCACAUUGAGGAUAGGAAUUAUUUUACUUCUGAUCUUAGUGUUAAUGGCACUCACAUUACUGGCCUGAGAUGCAGGACCAACAAGACCUUGAAUUUCUAUCUACUGGAUUCAAAUUUGUUUUGGAUGUAUGCGGAGAGACUUGGAGCAUCAAGAUCUACUGAUAUGAAGGCAUUUGCUGCCAUUGUUGAUCUGAAGGAAGAGGCACACUAUACCUUGGAUCAGAAUCAAACACUUAUAAAAUCAGCUCUAGAGAACUUCAUUCAAAACUUCAGCAUUCUCUACAGUCCCUUGAAAAGGCAUCUUGUUGGUGACUCUUCAGUUCAUUUUCCUGCACAGCACAUAAUCACCGAAGUGACUACUAAUACCUUUCGUGAUGUGGUUGUUUUGAGUGAAAAGAAUGUCUUGCUGCUCUAUUAUGCGCAAUGGUGUGGAUUCUGUGCUUCUCUUAAUCACAUCUUUAUCCAACUAGCACGACUUCUGCCUCCAAAUAACUUCACUGUGGCGAGAAUUGAUGUCACUCGAAAUGACCUUCCAUGGGAAUUUAUGACGGAUCGUCUCCCAACCAUUUUGUUUUUCCCUUAUAACAGGAAGGACAAAAGUGUGAAGUUUCCUGAAGAUUUUUCAGUUACUCUUCCUAAUCUGCUUAAGUUCAUUUUACAUUACUCAAGUCUACCUUCAGCUGCACCUGACUUAGAGCCCUUUGCCAAAGCAUGUCCACAGGGAGAGAGAGUGUUACAGCAACAGCAUAUCUCCCACUUAAGGAGUGAGAUUCAGAAAUUGAGAUCAGAAGUCAGUGCACUACACCAGGCUCAAGAUCAGCUGGAAGCCCAACUUUCUGAAGCCAGAAGAGAAGAACAUAAACUACAACAGCAAAAGCAUACACUGGAAAAGCAGCACAGUAUCCUCCAGCUCCACAGUGAACAAUUACAGGCACUAUAUGAACAGAAGAACAGAGAAUUAGAAGAAAUGGCUGAGAAGCUUCAAGAAUUAGCAGAUGCAUCAGAAAACCUCCUUACAGAGAAUGCUUUGCUAAAAGUCCUGCUAGCAGCAAUGGAGGGGAAGCUAGAGAACAGAGAUGAAACCAAGAAAUCCAUUCAGUCAGAGGAGACUCUUUCCACCCAUGAUAUUGGGCCAGUUCUAACUGCUAUAGACAGAUUACAUGAAAGAGAAAGGCUUGAUGUUUCCAAUAUUGAUACCACGGUGAUGGAGCAUAAAGAAAACAGGACAGAGUAAUUACUUAUGCUAUGGGGACUGGGGAAAAAAAAAUCAGGAAUGACACUGUAUUGGGAAGGUAUUUAUGCAAAUUUUAUUUGUUGUAAAUAAAAUUUUCCAAUUGUCUAGAAAAAUCAAACCAGAAUAUUUCUGUAAUAUUUCAAACAAUUUACCAGAUCUUGAAACCUAAAUGGAGAUAUGGAAAACACUUUCCACUUUACUAUUGCACUAAUUUGAUAGCCAUUUUAUUAAUUUAACCUAGGUUAAAAAUAGUAAAUUCCCAGGGACAGCAGAGUGAAGCAUCUCCUUUUAAGGGACCAAUUUUUGCACUGGCUUCCUCCCCGUUGUCUCCCAGAGGAAGUGUUCAUUUAGGAACUUUGACAAUUUAUACUUUUCUAAGAAACAGCUGAAGUUAGCCAUGGUCACUGCAUUUUGCCUUUGUUUACAGAAUUGACUGGAAAUGUUAAGUUUAUUUAGUAAACUUGAAUGAAAAGUCAAAUGGUUAAAAUAUUCUGUUAUUCCUGUUAUAGGAUUUCAGGAACUCUGCAUGCCACUUUUACAUGCUCCACAAUUAACCUAUAAUUGUCUUAGAUGUUUCAUUCACUUACUUACAAUUCAAUGAAAAUCUGUUCCUUAUGGGGAACAAAUGGCGAAAUAAUCUCAUCCAACCUCCUUAUGCAUCUCACUAAUGUUCCCUCUGCCUCCCCCCCCCCCCCCGCCCCAGGACAAGUGGGAGGAGAAUAAAGUGAGGCAUCCCAAACAAUCAAAAUUUACUUACUUAUUGCUCAGCAUAUAUGCAGUUAAAAAUCCAGUAUGCAUGUAUAGGCCAGUGUCUCAAACCAUAGACUGAAAAAUUAAAAUUGGCAUCUUUAGAGCCAGUAAAUAUACCACACAGUGUUUGCCCCCUCCCUAGGCAGUUGUAUUCCACACUGCACUUAGAGGAAGGAAGCGUUCGUCCAUUAGUAGCAAUGGAUUUGCUUAGCCAAGCCCUGGCUUUUGCAAUGAAAGACACUUCAUUUUCUAGCCUCAGUUUAAUCAGUGCACACAAGAAUAAGAAUGCAACUCUGCUAGCUCCCUCCAGGACAAGCUGCUAUUUAGUUCAUAAGUGGACUAUCAUUUGCUUGCAGACAAAGUCAUUAAGGCCUAGCUAGCUAAGAAUAAAUAGUGUUGUUAUUCCCAAUGUAUAAGCCAUCAUUCACACCAGUGUUUAGCAUAACAACUGUUCCCCCCCACAGACAAACUUUUGCAUUAUCUACUGCUUGUACACCCCCUCCCCCCCUUUCCAUCUCAGUUUGCUAGGGAGUUUGACUUAAACUAAAGGAAUUUGUUAGCUACAUAUAAACUGUAUUGGGCAAAAGCUGCGUAGUUAGUGGAAUAUGCAGGCCUAAAAGUUAGGAAAUCUAGAACAUUUUAGCCAUGGUUGAAUGAUUGUUCAGAACCUAUGAUACUGUUUAGAGUCUAUAAUUCUUCACUCCAAGUACCUGUUAUAGGUUUCUCUUUAGUAAAGAGAAGGGAAAGGUUGGGAAAUGUGGGGCCUCUUUGUGUGAAGGUACUUCACAUUGCACCAAUUUUUUUUUUUUUUUUAAAACCUCUACCCCGCCCACAAACUAUUUUUCCCCUCCCUCCCUCUAUCCCUUCCCCAACACAGCCAAAAUUUAGUUAGCUGUUACAAGACAGAUUUCUGCCUGCCCUGUAAGGUGAGACUAAAAAAAACCUUACCUACAAAAUACAUUAACUGUAGACAAUUUGGUAUCUAGACUAAAAACAGUUUGCACAGUUGGCUGUUUAGCUUCAUGUUUACAUAUGUCCCAACUACUGGUACACACAAACAGUGGUUAUGGGGG